AACAUUUCCGCUCUUCAAUGUGAAUCCUUGAGCUGAUCAUCCGCCAUCUUUCGAUCCUUACUUCCUUUGACAAGUGACCCGUGGAAGCAGACUCCUGUAUCCCCCUGGAUUCACAGUCAAAAGCCCCAACACAAGAUGCCAUCCCAAGACGGAGACCACAUGGAGCCCACCAACACCGAAACCCCUCCCCUCACCGGCACGACAGGCACCGCAACCAUUACCAGCACCGUCGUCCCGGGCAAUUCCACCAGCCCCAAACCCCUAAGCAUCAUCGUGGCCUCCAAAAACCCCGUCAAGAUUCGCGCCGCCCACAACGCCUUCAUCCGCAUGUUCCCCCCGCCAUCCGGAACCAGCACCACCGUCUCGACCAGCAUCUUUCCCCUCCAGGAAACCACCAUCGUGACCAGCAGCGCCGGUACCACCACGCCCGCCUGGCACACUGUGCGGGGCGUGUCAGUCUCCUCAGGCGUCCCCGACCAGCCCAUUUCAGACGCCGAGACGCUGCUCGGCGCACGCAACCGCGCCGAGCGGGCCCGGGAGCUGGAGCCGGGGGCAGAUUACUGGGUAGGGAUCGAGGGUGGGGUGGAUUUUGAUCCCGAGGACGAGACUGAGGAGAUGAUGAGGUCGUUUGCGUGGGUUGUCGUGCUCGGUCCACGGGCCGGUAGUAAGCUGGACGCCGGCGAAAACGGGAUGAUGAUGCUGGGCAAGGCGCGCACGGCGACGUAUUACCUCCCGCGGGAGACGUCGCGGCUGGUUAAGGGGGGCAUGGAGCUGGGGCACGCGGAUGAGGUUAUGUUCGGGGGGCGGAACUCGAAGCAGAAGAAUGGCUCGGUUGGACUGUUGACGGGGGAUGUGAUUGACCGUGGGGGUUACUAUGAGGAGGCCGUGGUGCUAGCGCUGAUUCCGUUCCGGAACCCUGGCUUGACGUUUUGAACUAUCGAGUGGGAAUUCACAGUAGCAGAGAGGUGGGCUUCACUACAGCGGUGCAUGAGAGAGAAAGAGUCGGAGCAGCCCGAUCGCGCUCUCAGUUCAAUGAUACCCAGCCACUGCCGGCACCACUCAAAUUCUCUCCGAAGGUGUAACCAAGAGCUAGGCAUGCAGCUCGACGCCGGUAUAAUCCA